CUCAUUGGUCUAUGUGGAUGAAUAUGUGUAUCAAUCAACAAGCACUCUGGCAACGUGUUCCAGUCUCCAACGUGGUCUCAAUCUCUCUUUUAGCGUUAUCGUUUCUUCGCACCGCUUUUAUUUUGCGAAGAAAACGUGGCGAUGAAGAUCGAAGAAGUGAAGAGCACCGCCAAGACCCAGAGAAUCUCGGCUCACACGCACAUCAAAGGGCUGGGUCUCGAUGAAAAUGGCACGGCCAUUCAAAAUGCGGCCGGCCUCGUUGGGCAAGAAAUGGCACGAGAGGCAGCAGGAAUUGUCGUCGAUAUGAUAAAGUCAAAGAAAAUGGCAGGACGUGCAGUAUUGCUAGCUGGUCCACCAGGUACAGGCAAGACUGCAAUAGCUCUUGCCAUGGCUCAAGAACUUGGUAACAAAGUGCCUUUUUGCCCUAUGGUGGGCUCGGAAGUUUAUAGUUCAGAAAUUAAGAAAACAGAAGUUCUCAUGGAAAAUUUUAGAAGAGCCAUUGGCUUGAGAAUCAAAGAAACUAAAGAAGUAUAUGAGGGUGAAGUCACUGAACUUACCCCUGUUGAAACAGAGAAUCCUAUGGGUGGUUAUGGCAAAACUGUAUCUCAUGUAGUCCUUGGAUUAAAGACUUCCAAAGGCACAAAACAAUUGAAAUUAGAUCCUUCGAUAUAUGAAUCUUUGCAAAAAGAGAAAGUGGAAACUGGUGAUGUAAUUUACAUUGAAGCCAAUAGUGGAGCAGUAAAGAGGCAAGGUCGAAGCGAUAAUUUUGCUACAGAAUUUGAUUUGGAAGCAGAGGAAUAUGUUCCUUUACCAAAGGGUGAUGUACACAAAAAGAAGGAAGUCAUUCAAGAUGUAACAUUGCAUGAUUUGGAUGUGGCUAACUCCAAACCACAAGGUGGACAAGAUAUAAUGUCCAUGAUGGGACAAUUGAUGAAACCUAAGAAAACUGAAAUUACAGAUAAAUUGCGGAAGGAGAUAAACAAAGUAGUAAACAAAUAUAUCGACCAGGGCAUUGCUGAAUUGGUACCAGGAGUAUUAUUCAUAGAUGAGGUUCAUAUGCUAGACAUAGAGACGUUUACAUAUUUACACCGCGCACUGGAGAGUGCUAUAGCACCGAUCGUUAUUUUUGCUACGAAUCGUGGCCGCUGUGUGAUCAGAGGAACCGAAGAUAUUGUUUCUCCACACGGCAUACCUCUCGAUCUAUUGGACCGUCUUCUUAUUAUAAGAACUCUUCCAUAUUCUAGACAAGAAAUCGAGCAGAUAGUAAAACUUAGAGCUGUCACGGAAGGAUUGCAAAUCGAUGAUGAAGCUUUAUCCCUCCUUGGCGAACUUGGCACGAAAACUACUCUGAGAUACGUAGUACAACUUUUAACACCUGCUUCUUUAACGGCGAAAGUCAAUGAGAGAACUAGUAUUAAGAAGGAGGACAUUGAAGAAGUCAAUGCACUUUUCUUAGAUGCUAAGUCAUCUGCUAAGAUACUUUCGCAAAAUCAAGAUAAGUUUAUGAAGUAAAACUUAGUUUUUCUGUCAUUUUUUUAAAAUCAAUUAUCAUUUGUUUGUCAAAAUCAGUUGAAGAAUAAUUUAAUUAUUAUUAGAUUAUUUUUAUACUUUGAUUUUCAUAUUUUAAUAUGAAAAUCAAAAGUUAAUAAAGUUAAUGGUUCUUCAAUAUUUUUGCUUAAGAUAAUAAUUAUUAAGUUAAGAUAAUAAUUAUUUUUAAGAUGUACAUAAUAUAGCGUAGCAAUAUUAAAUUGUGUUACAAGAAAAUGAUCUUGUAUAAUUUACGUACUAAUUUACGUACACAUAUUUGUAUCGAUAAAAUUUCGUAAAUAAACAAUCUUUAUGGAAUCUAA